UAGAACCACCGAUGAAUUUUGUCUAUAUAAGCAGUUUGUUCCUAGUUUCAAAAUUAUCAGAGUGCGAAGGAAGUUUUUUGAAGAGACUAAUAUGGGGUCAUCCAUGUGUCUCUUGAUAUCUAUGCACUUGCUCUUCUUCUUGUCGAUUUUUCAUUAUCUAAAUAGUUGUUCCUCUUUAUCAACUCAGCCAGCGUGUAAAGAUUUUGAGAGUUCUGCCUUGUUGCAAUUCAAGCAAAGCUUUAAAAUUAAUGUGAGUGCUCCUUCUGAUCCUUUUGCUUAUCCAAAGAUUUCAUCGUGGAACUCUGGAGAAAGGAAUGAUUGCUGUUCAUGGGAUGGUGUCCUAUGUGAUAGAGGUACAGGUCACGUGAUUGGCCUUGACCUCAGUAGCAGUCAACUGUAUGGCUCCUUCAACUCUAGCAGCAGCCUUUUCCACCUUGUGUACCUUCAAAAGCUCAAUCUCGCUGAUAAUGACUUCAAUUAUUCUCAAAUUCCCCCAAGCAUCAGGUACCUCUCAAACUUGACACAUCUCGACCUCUCUAUGUCUGCCUUCAGUGGUCAAAUUCCACCAGAAAUCUUUGAGCUCUCCAACUUGGUUUCCCUUGAUCUCUCAUUCAAUCCAUUGAAACUCCAGAAUCCCGGCCUAAAAAGUGUUGUUGAGAACUUAACCAGCCUCAAACAUCUUCAUUUGGGUAUGGUGAACUUAUCUUCCCCGGUACCUCACAUCUUGGCCAACUUGUCUUCUUUAAAAUCUCUUGACCUGAGCAGCUGCGGAUUGUUUGGUGAAUUCCCUGUAGAGAUUUUCAGGUUACGGCAUCUUCAAUUCCUCAGUGUGCAAGACAAUGAAAUUCUCACCGGAUCUCUACCAGAAUUUCAAAGUAGCAGUCCACUUCAAAUAUUGAGACUUUCAAACACGGGAUUCUCUGGUAAGUUACCAGAUUCAAUUGGAAACCUUAAGUCCUUAAUUGAAUUGGAUAUCAAUACUUGCCAUUUCUCUGGUUUGGUACCGACUUCUCUUGGUAACCUUACCAAUCUCAUUGUUUUGUCUCUCUCGUUUAAUAAAUUUUCGGGGCAAAUCCCUUUCUCAUUGGCCAACCUCACACAACUCAGUCAACUAUACCUUUCCACGAAUAGUUUCAGUGCACAAACGUUGUCUUGGCUUGGUAAGCAAACAAAGCUCACUGAUUUGCGCUUACCAAUAACAAAUUUAUAUGGUGACAUUCCAUCUUCAAUUAAGAACUUGACCCAGCUUACCAAAUUAGUACUUGACAGAAAUCAACUAACUGGUCAAAUUCCACCUUGGCUUGGAAACCUUACCCAGCUAACUGUAUUGGACGUUGGGACUAAUAAAUUCCAUGGUUCAAUUCCACAAUCAAUUUGCAGGCUUGCGAAUCUUGAAUAUCUGAGUCUUUCUGAUAAUAACCUUAGUGGCAGAGUGGACAUGGACUUGUUUCUGAAGCUCAAAAAUCUAACUGCACUCCAGCUUUCAGGAAUCCAUCUAUCAUUCCCCAUUAAUUCAACAUUCAACGCCUGUACUCCAAAGCUUGAGCUAUUAGGAUUAACUUCAUGUAACUUGACUGAAUUCCCAACUUUUUUGCGUUCUCAGCAUGAAUUGAAGAUUUUGUAUCUCAGCAACAACAAAAUUCAGGGUCAAAUACCAAACUGGAUAUUCAACAUAGGGAAACAAACUCUCUUAUCGUUGGAUCUAUCCUCCAACUUCCUUACAACUUUUGAGUCUUUCAACCACACUCCGCCAAUUCUUCCAUGGGAUAGUUUACUUGAUUUGGAUCUUUCUUCCAACAAGCUGCAAGGAUCACUUCCAAUUCCUCCACCCUCCAUUGCCCAAUACAAUGUCUCAUACAAUAAACUGACUGGAGAAAUCUCACCAUUGUUUUCAAAUCUUAGCUUAAUUGUAAUACUGGAUCUCUCACACAACAACUUGGGGGGCAUGCUUCCACAAUGCUUGAGCAAAUUGAGCAACUUGGGGGUAUUGAAUUUACAAAACAACAAUUUCCAUGGAAUGCUUCCUGGAAUAUACAUGGAAGAAAGUAGAUUGAGAGCUAUUGAUGUAAGUUAUAAUCAAUUAGAAGGGCAAGUACCAAGAUCAUUGUCCAACUGCACAAUGUUGGAGAUUCUUCUUCUUGGUAACAAUCGAUUUUCUGACACUUUUCCCUCUUGGCUGGGGAAGCUUCCAAGGUUGAGGGUUCUAAGUUUGCAAUCUAAUGGGUUCCAUAGCACAAUUGGUAAACCUGAAAGCAAUCUUAAUUUCCCCAAGUUGCAAAUCAUUGACGUCUCUUUUAAUAACUUUACAGGUAAGUUACCAUAUGGGCACUUCCAAAGUUGGACCUCCAUGAAAGUUGACAACUUGACAUUUGACAAAGAUAAUGCUUAUAUGGUUGCAGUCACAAGCACCCGAUCACCUUAUUCCAAUUUUCAUAAUGAUUUUAGUUACACCUUGGAAAUGACAAACAAAGGCAUCAAGACACUAUAUCAAAAGAUCCAAGAUCAUCUUGUAGCUAUUGAUCUCUCAAGCAAUAAAUUUGAUGGAGAAAUUUCAAAAGUCAUUGGAAAUCUAAAGGGGCUUCAUUUGCUCAACAUAUCCAACAACAUUCUCACUGGUCCUAUCCCAUCUUCCUUAGGGAAAUUAAAGGAGCUUGAAUCUUUGGACUUUUCUCAAAAUAGGCUAUCAGGAGAGAUUCCUCCGCAAUUAUUGCAACUCACAUUCCUUGCAUUCUUCAAUGCCUCAAAUAACCAUCUUACAGGGCCUAUUCCACAAGGUCAACAAUUCUCUACCUUUGAAAAUGAUUCAUAUUUGGGAAACACAGGUUUGUGUGGUGUGCCUUUGACUAAGAAAUGCAAAAUUUCUGAGACAUUGACACAACCACCACCGAAUUCCAAACAAGGUGAAGGGUCAAAUUUCCCAAGUAAAUCUGAUUGGGUAGUUAUAAUGAUGGGAUAUGGGAGUGGGUUAAUAAUUGGGUUUGUUAUUGGGAAUAACCUGACCAUAAGAAAGUUGGUGAGGUUUCUCAAGAAUUUUGGAAGAAAGCAGUAAAAGUGAAAGAGGAAAGGUGGAAAAAUGAAGCAAUGCAGUUGUUGGAUUUGAUUAACCAAGAUUUUCUUCAAAGAUUUCCGUACAUGAAGUUCUUUAUUUCAGCAGAUACAUAUCUAUGAAAAUCUACUAUGUCUGUAAUGUA